UGGACAACAAAGAUGGCAGGAGUAGGAAGCAGCAACUAUUGGGAAGAUCUGCGAAAGCAGGCCCGGCAGUUGGAGAAUGAGCUGGACCUCAAGCUUGUUUCCUUCAGUAAAUUGUGCACCAGUUACAGCAGCUCCAGGGAGGGACGUCGAGGAGACACGUCAGACACCACCCCCUUGCUUAACAACUCUACCCAGGACAGAAUGUUUGACACGAUGUCAGUGGAGAUUGAACAGCUUCUGGCAAAACUCACCGCGGUGAAUGACAAGAUGGCAGAGUACAGCAGCACCCCAGGCGCGGCUUCUCUCAAUGCUGCUCUCAUGCAUACACUCCAGAGACACAGAGACAUCUUGCAGGACUACACUCAUGAAUUCCACAAAACCAAAGGCAACUUCUUGGCCAUCAGGGAAAGGGAAGAUCUACUUGGGUCUGUGAGGAAGGACAUUGAGACAUAUAAGAGUGGCUCCGGGGUCAACAACAGAAGAACAGAGCUGUUUCUGAAGGAGCAUGAACACCUGAGAAACUCUGAUAGAUUGAUGGAUGACACAAUAAGUAUUGCCAUGGCAACCAAGGAAAACAUGACCUCUCAGAGGGGCCUGCUGAAGUCCAUACAGAGCAGGGUGAACACACUGGCCAACCGCUUCCCAGCCAUCAACAACCUCAUCCAACGAAUCAACCUAAGGAAGAGGCGGGAUUCCCUCAUUUUAGGUGGAGUGAUUGGUGUCUGCACCAUUCUUCUGCUGCUCUACGCUUUUCACUGAAUGACCAUCUAACGACAAAUGGGUUUAUAAAGGUGUGGGGUUACUGUCCUCCUUGUAGUAUUGGAAGGCCCCAGGACAUGGAGGUUAUUGGCUGGAUGACCCUGGAUGCUGCUGAGCAGGACAUUUGGUUGGCCCAAUCCUAGGACAGGACCAAUAUUGCCCAGCACACACUACUCAAUUUGUAUUUAGCCGAGGGACAGGAUGAGAAUUGGUGGUUGGAUGCUGUUCUGCCAAUAAGGAAAUGGAGACCCUAAGUACUAAUAGAAAAAUCUUAAAGAAUUCUAUCGACAAUUCACUUGGAGAGAGACUUUAUGCUAAAGAAGAUCUGAAGAGACUGUGACUCUAAUACUGCUUGUGGUUGUUUUGUGAAGUGGAAGGAUUUUUAUUUGAAUGGUCCUUUUUAAAUGAUGAGGUUUGGUGUAUGGUUCAUCUUGGGCUGUAAAAUGUGCAUUAAUAAAUUAUUCAUAUUCAGUAUGUUGAAAACAGUGACAUGACUAUAUGCUUAACACUUAAAAUAUUUUAUUUUUCAAUAUGAUUUAAAUUAUAUUAAACUUCAUUGAAGAAUUGGGAAUUGAAUUUUUCAGCCAUACAAUAAAGCACCUUAGCAUGACUAGCACAAGAUCAGAACCACACUGAGGAUGAAUGCAUGUAUAAAGGGAGGUAUGUGAAAAUCAUGUAUUCAACUACAGUAGGAUGGACAGUUUUGGUAUCAAGGUGUUAUCUCUUUGGAUGUAGUGGUAAAGCAUAAGCUAUGUUAAACAUUUUAUCGUAUCUCUGUCAUUAGGCUUUUUGUGUAACUACUUUAACUCCUGCUAACUCGUCUUUUAUCAGCUGUACAUACAUCUCUAAGUCUAUUUCUCAAACAAGUGCCCUGCAUAAGAUUCUGUUUAUACAUAAAUGAAUCUUCAGUUACCAGAAAAAGUAAU